AUGCAUGUGCAGAUUCCUAUUCACUCUGAUCUUGUCAAUGCUGGUAAGGUUCGUGAGGUUUUUGAUCAGCUUGGAAAAUUCGUGGCAGCAGUCUCCCCAGCUGGUAACUGGUUUGAAACCAAGAUGAUGGUCCCAUUGAGAACACCUCUUACUAGGAAAGUGGUCUUUAAUACUAAAAAGAGACCCUACUACAUGACAACCUUUUACCCUAAGUUGUCGUUUAGAGCUUGUAAAAAAUUCUUUGUUUUGUAUCAUAAUGAGGAAAGAUGCAGGGAAUCUCAGUCAAGGAUCUUUGUUAGAGCUUUGCCUUCGCCUUCUCGUCGUGCUUUUCAUGUUGCUGUCACCAAAGUGAUGUCUCAGACUGAGACCGGUGAAGGCUCCAAGUCUGGUGGUUCGUCAUAUGGAUCAGCUUUCAUGGACCACUCGAAGCCUUCUGGAUUCUCGGUUUGUCUUCAGCCAUCUGGGAGUAUUGGUAACAAAGCUUCAUCUUUCUCCCCUCUUGCUCUCUCAAUGCAUUUCCUGCUCAAUGAGAAUUUUCAUGACAGGAAGGGGAAAAGACCUAGGACUGUUUUUGAAUCAGUAUACCUAGAGGCUAGUAAUCACUCUCCUCCUUCAGAUGGAAUGCAGUCACCUUUCUGGCACUCGCUCUCUUCAGCUCCUCCAUUCUCGCCACCUGCUUCUGCUGCUUUUAACUUAGGGAGUGCCACGUCUUCCUCAUCAAUCUCGCAUUCUGUGGUGACGACUUCUAGCUUCUCCUGUAGCACUGUUGCUGAAGUGAACUUCACCGCUGGUGUAUCUCUGCCUCAUCCCUUUGAGCAAGAACUGAGUGCUCCUCCUCGUUUUGAUGAAACCAAGGACUGCAUUAUUUUGGAACCAUAUCCCUUUGCCACUCUGCCACCGGAACCGGUAAUCACUGAUAAAGAGUUCGAAAACGAAGUUGACCUCAUGAUGAUGGAUGAUGAUUCUUUGGCUGAUGAUACAUCCUUAGCUCAUGACCUUAUGAAGUUUUUAUGUUGGAAUAUGAAUGGUUGCUGCUCUGACAAAAAAUGGAGACACUUAUUUAGUUUAUUUAGAAAGUAUAAACUAGAUGUUGUUUGCCUGCUUGAAACUAUGGUUGAUACGGACACUGUUAAAAAAUACACUCAUCACCUGCGGUUUGAUGCUUGGUCUUUCCUUCCGUCGGUUACUAAAUCGGGGGGUCUUGCUUUUGGUUACUUUGUUAAGUCGAAUAUAGAAGUUCUAGGUUCCUCCCUUAAUAUGAUUCGUAUUCUGUAUGACAUCACUCCUGCAAUCAAAAAUUGUGUUGUUUCCUUUAUUUAUGGGUCCUUAUCAGUGUGUGGUAAAAGGAAUCAAUGGAAAUUUUUAAAUGACAUGCUAGCAAAUAAUAAUAACCCCUGGUUGCUAGUUGGCGACUUUAAUUUCAUAUUGCAUAGUUCUGAAAAACAAGGUGGUAAUGUUGAUGCUUCAUUUCCUCCGAAUUUUGUUAGAGAAAGUUUACUUAAGAUGAAUAUGAAUGAAUUUUUUUCAUAUGGCAACCCGUUUACUUGGUGCAAUAGAAGAUAUAAGAACCCAGCUGAAUUAAUUUUUGAAAAGUUGGAUCGUAGUUUUAUGAAUGAUAAGUGGCUUUCGUUUCUUCCUCAAACUAGAGUCACAAAUCUAGGUAGGAUUUAUUCUGAUCACAGCCCCUUAUUAGUGAAAUGCUUCCACUAUGAGAGGAAUGUUAUCCCAUACAAAUUUUUUAAAUGUUGGCAACUUAACCCUGAUUUUAAAGAAGUUCUGGCUGAUUCUUGGUCUCAUGGUGUCAAAGGCUCUCCUUCCUUUGUUGUUGCAAAUAAGCUUAGUCAUGUGAAAAAUGUUUUAAUCAAAUGGAAUGUUAACUCCUUUGGUCACAUCAAAACUACAAUAGGAAAGUUAAAUGCUGAAAUAGAAAAAUUGCAAGCUUUGCCAUAUUCUCCUCAGAUUGGUGGUUAUAUCUUGAACUAUUCAAAUCAGCUUGAUUACUGUGUCCAGGACAUUCAUGAUUCCUUAAGGUUUGUCACUCCUUUGAUUAAUGAGGAUAUGAAUGAAAAUUUGACUGCUAUUCCUUCAGUUCAAGAAAUUUGGGACACUGUUAACAUGAUGGAUCCUUGGAGUUCUCCGGGACCGGAUGGUUUUCCUCCUGGGUUCUUCAAGGAUAAUUGGGAUACUGUUAAAGAGGAUGUUGUCUCUCAUGUGCAGAAUUCUAUGAUCUCUCCCUUCCAAUCUGCAUUUGUUGCUAAUAGGCAGAUCCAUGACAAUAUUGUAAUCACUCAUGAAAUUCUGCAUUCUUUUAAAUCAAAAAAGAAGAAAUCGAAGAAUAAUUAUAUGGCUAUCAAGAUUGACCUCUCUAAAGACUUUGAUAGGCUUGAGUGGUCUUUUAUCAUUGAUGUUUUUAAAAAGUUGGGUUUCUCUAAUGAUUGGUGCCAGUUAGUCUUUCAGUGUAUCAGCACCGUAUCUUAUUCAGUUUUGGUCAAUGGUUCACCAAGUGUGUCUUUUUUGCCUUCUCGGGAAAUACGGCAAGGUGACUGUCUUUCUCCGUAUUUUUUCAUUCUUUGUAUGGAGGUUUUAUCUCAACUUCUCUCUAAAGCUGAGGAUGAAAAUCUGAUUCAGGGUUUUAGAUUUAGGCACAAUAGUCCCUCUAUUUCUCACCUUUUUUUUGCAGACGAUUGCAUGAUGUUUUGUAAAGCUUCUGUCACUUAUGCGAAGAAUAUCACAAAGGUUAUUAAUGUGUUUGGAAAGGCGUCAGGUCAGGCUAUUAACUUUGAUAAAUUUGGGUUUAUUACUAGUGGGAAUAUGCAUCAUAGACACAUCAACAUUUUAUCUAAGGCCCUUAACAUGAAGUUUCUCAGUAGUUUUGAAAAAUACUUAGGCACGCCUUUGUUUAUUGGUAAGGAUAAAACUAAGUCUUUUAGUUUUCUCAUUGAUAAUUUCUAUGCCAGAUUAAAUUCUUCGAAAAAAUCCAAUUUGAAUAUAGCUGGUAGAACUGUGGUUACAAAGCAUGUACUUUCUAGUUUGUCUGUUUAUCAUAUGGCAUGUUUUCCUCUUCCUAAAACAGUUACUAGUAAAAUUGAUUCGAUUCAACACACUUUUUGGUGGGCUAAAAAGAAUCCUAAGAAUGCUGCAUACUUUCGCACUUGGGGUGAUAUAGGGAAAUCUAAACUUAAUGGAGGUCUGGGUCUUAAGAAUUCCUUUGCUACUAAGAGGGUUUUCAUUUGCAAACGGGGCUGGAGAGUUUUGAAGAAUCAGGGUAGUUUACUUACUAGAUUUCUCAAGGAUAAAUACUUCCCUAACCAGAAUCUUCUAGAGAUUGAUAAGGCUGUUGAUUCCGCUUCGUGGAUGUGGAAAGGGAUUGUUCUUCCUCCCUCUCCCAUGAAUACUGCUUGUAAUGAAUUUGUUUAUGUGUCUGAGCUUAUUGAUUAUAAUCAUAACUGUUGGAAUGUACCUCUUCUGAACCUCUUAUUCUCCCCAAAUGAGGUUAUUAGAAUUAAGUCUAUUAUAUUGAAUUUGUCGCAGUCGUACUCGCUUAUGUGGGCUCAUACUAGGAAUGGUAAGUUCACCAUCAAAUCUGCUUAUAGAAUUUAUAUGAAUGAUAUUCCUUCUCCUGAAGACUUCACUUUCUGGAGGAAAGUAUGGGAUAUUGAUUGUCUGCCGAAAGUUAAGUUUUUUAUGUGGAAAAUGUUUGCUCAUAUGCUCCCAGUUAAUGCCAUUAUGCAGCUUUACAAUCCUCAUGUGAAUGUUCUUUGUUCUUUCUGUAAUGCUCAUGAUGAAACUGUGAUGCAUUUUUUUGUUAACUGCCCUGUAGUGUUGCGUAUUUGGUUCAGUCUUUCCCUUCAAUAUUUGAUAUGUACUGAUUUGGAUUGGGUUGAUGAUAUUUUCUUAUAUUGGCAUGAAUCAAGCCUGGGUGCUUCUCCUUUUAAAGUUGGUUGGCCUAGUGUAGGUGUUAUUGUUAUGUGGUCUAUAUGGAAGCUGCGGUGUGAUGUAGUUUUCAAGAGUGCUUCUCUAGAUAUGAACAGGAUCAUUGUUGAUAUCAAGAGAAUGUUAAAUUUUUACAUUGCUCCAAGGAUUACUGUUAUGAAUCUUGUACACAAUGUCAAAAUUCCUCAGUCUGAAGUGGAGAACUUUAUGUUUGUAGAUGGCUCUUUCAAGGAUUUUAAUUUUGGAAUUGGUGUUAUUUGGUGUGAUGCUGCAGGGAAUGUAAGAAAGGUGCGCUCGGACUUUGGGUUGAUUCAAGAUGCAGUGGGAGCUGAAGCUGAUGCUCUUAGUUUUUCCAUCUCUUGGGCAGAAGAGAUGAAUCUUCCCAAAAUGGUGUUUGUUAGUGAUUGUCUCCAACUGGUGCAUUUUGUGAAUGGCUGCAACAUCUCUGUGGGAUGGAGAAGCCAAGACCUCUUGGAGCAAUGUCGGAGUUCUAUUUCUAGUUUUGUUUCCUUUAAUGUUAUGUAUAUAAAGCGGUUAAAUAACCCCUAA